GACACGCCGAAUGAGCUCAGCGUUCGUAUCUUCCUGAUCAUGGUGUGGUUUAUGUCCCUCAUAAUCGACACCGUGUAUCAGGGACACAUCACCGCCUUCAUAGCUAUGCCGAGGUACACGCCCGCCAUCGACAACCACGAAGAGUUGGCGCAGAAUAACAGCGUCAUCCCAGUUACAGAGGAGUUUUCUACCACUCAGACACUCAUAAUGGAGUCCGAGAGAGAAUCCUUCAUGGCUCUCGCUUCACACCUUGAACUGUACGACGCUUCCUUCCUGGACAGCGAAGAGUUCUAUCACGGGAUUUCCGUCGGGAAAUGGGCAUUUGUAGACUCGUACAGUUCGACGUACGGCCGCGCCCUCAACUUUGAGAACCAGAUAAGGCGAUGCAAGUUCUAUGUCUCCAGAGACAGUGUGAUUGGGGGUCUGGAUGCCUGGCCUUUCCCACGAAACUCACCAGUCCACAGCCAGAUAUCGCGUUCACUAAAGUGGCUUCGAUAUUAUGGUAUCCUUGAGAAAAUCAGGUCCCGCUACUACGUCUCGACUUGUGACCGCUCGAGAGGUGAUGGAGUCAAGAAGAUGGACAUCACUAUGAUGCAAAGUUCCUUUUACGUCGCUGGAAUCGGCUGGUCGCUGGCAGGGACCGCUUUUCUGCUCGAAUUAAUAUUGCACAGGUUGAUGCGCAUGUAAGAACCACCUGAAAUCGUCUGUACACGAUAAGAUAUGGUAACAACAGUGAUAAUAGAAAAUUAUUUCUGCUUAAGUGAUAAUAUCAAAACUAUGAAAUUAUAUACAUAUUUGCAUACAUGUGUAUGUAUACAGAAAUUUCUCUUAUAAUACACGCAAUGCAAGGGAAAAAACAGUAGGAAAAAAUGCGAUUUGAGGGAAGUCUGAGAUGUAGUUUUGAGCUCUUUCAGUGUGCAAUAAAAUA